AUGGCCUUAUGCCAUGGCCUUCUGAAUAGCGUCCAGCACACGGGUCGCAGACUUGCCGCACACCUGUUGACAAGCCGAAUUGACUUUCUUGCUCACUUCAUUCCAAAUCUGCUCAUUUUCCAACGCCACAUCUAGUUUCAGAUAUUUUUGCAAUGUAGGCUUCAGUUCGUCUCCAACACUAGAAGCAGCAGAUAACAGGAGCUUCAAAACGCUGGCAAAAUAACGGGGUUUGAUCGUCUGUGGUUCAGUCAUUGAGGUCUGAAGAUACUCAGAAGAUGCCUUCGCAAGUCCUUUAACAACGGAUUUCUCCACUGGGGCUUUGAGAACUACUGCUUUGUUCAUCAUUCCAGCAAGACAAAGUACAGCUUCCGUCUGAAUAGGAACAAGGAAAUGAACAGAAGUAUCCCUUUAAGAGAGUUUGAACGACAGGUAACGAACCCUUCGAAAAACUCGGUACUCCUCAUUGAAUCCUGCUUUCAGAAACACUGAAGCCCUCGGAACAAAUGGCUCCGGAUGUUUUAUGACGGCAGCGAUGGCCAAUUCACACCCGAUCAUUCCAUCUUCUUGGGCCAUGAAUCGCUCAAAUAG